AGCAAAACUGUAAAACCAGAGCAAAAUCAUUUCUGUAAUAAUAUACACAUACGUGUAAUAAUAGUAUUACAUGUACGUACGGUACGCGGUUUUUAAACAGACAAACAGAUGACUGAAUAUGGGUGGCGAAAAAGAUGCAUACAAUCAUGAAAAUCGAGAGCAAUCUCGAAGAAGACAUUCAAGCUCCUCACCUUCUUCCUCGUGUUCUCAAGAAAUGAACAGCAAAGAUCACCGAGUCAAGCCAAGAACUGUCUCCCCCACACGGAGUCGGGACCUCCAAAGGCACAGUGGCAAGCGUGACAGGGGGCGUUCCAGCAGCAGCAAUGCGUCGUCUCCACAUAGAGGUCGGGAUAAGCACAGAAAGAAGCUCAAACGGCGUUACUCAUCGAGUAGUUCCUCCACUUCGUCAUCAUCGUCAUCGUCCUCUUCUUCUCCCAGUAGAUCUUCAUCAGAGUCAUCCUCAAGCAUCAGCUCAUCGUCAAGUAGAGAGAGAAAGAGACAUAGAAAGAAGAAGAGGAGGAAGGAGUCCAAGUCUAAAAGGAGGCACAAGAGAAGUCACAAAAAGAAGGCAAAGGGAAGGAAGAAGGAUGAAGGCAAGUCUUCUUCAGGACCAGUGCAGCUCUCCAAGUUUAUCAAGGAGAGAAAGAAGCAGGACAAUAAGAGGAGUGUCAUCUCUGGGAAGAAGAUCAAGAUGAAAGUCAAGAAGACCAGUAAAGACAAGGAGCGUGAUUUGAACAGACGGGACCUACUAAACUUCCUGAACUCUACAAUGUGACCCAGUGAGAUCAGAUGACGGUGGAGAAAGCAGUUGAUCACAGCAACACGAUUCCCCUCCCCCCUCCUGCCACCACCAAUCUUUCAGUCCAAACAGUUACAGUUCAUCCUGUCACAGUUAACCGGAUCAAUUGGCAUCUUGGCCUGUGUGCGUACAAUCACGUCUUGUCUGGAGAGAUGAUAAGAGCCAGCGUUGCGUAAGCACAGACAAUGCAUUGGCAUACCCGCUGCAUAGGCACGGGGCUGUAGAGGCACUGUGUACUUCCUUUAUAUGCCAUGUGUCUGGUCUUAAUUAGCACCUCCUUUUUUGUUAGUUCUCACCCUUUCAGUUUUAUCAGGAUUGAAGUAAUGCCAUUGUACAUACAGUUUUCUGUUUGAGCUGCAUGCACUAUGUUUGUGGCUUUGUGAAAGGGCAGAUCCAGAUGCAAAUUUUCUUCGUUUAUUUAGUGGAAAAUGAAGGGAUUUCUCUGUGUAACUUUUUGCAGCCUUCCUGAGUGUUUAAAUUUUGGUUUUUUUGCAUGUUUCCAGGAGGAAGAGAAGUAAAUACCCCCCCUCCCAAGUUUCUUUUCUUUCAUAAUUCAAAAGCAUUGUCCCCCUUUGGGGGGUCAUAGCACCUAUUGUUCCCCCCUCUACAAAUGGCUUUGUUUGGCAACUAUCAAUGGAAAUGCCAGGCAAAUAUAUAUAACCAAGUGACUGUACAGGGCAGCAUAAGUGGACUGCAUGUGCAUCGAAGUUGAGUAACACGGGUUAAUGAAGGCAUAACAUAGAGGUUUGAUACCUGGAAUUUGGACUGUGAGAGUACACCCCAGCAGAUGUGCACCAGGGAAAAGAAGGAGCCACCCAACAAUUUAUUUUGCCACUGGUGUAGGUUUAGUGGUAUAGAAAGGCUUUCUAGAAAUCACUUUCAACUUUUGAUCACGGAGCAAAGCGAAUUGCUUACAAGUUGCUCUUUCUGGGAAUGGCGUGGCUUGUGUUGUAACAUACACGUCUUAAAGUUGUAACAAAUUGAUUGUAGUGGUAAGGGAUCAUUCUAUAAAUUCAGGGUCCAACAGUGCAACAUUUUUGUGUCCCUGUUACAUCUGACGUGGAAAUAUCAGUGAAGUUGAUUUCAAACUAUUUCUAUUUGUUUGGCAGGUAAUCCGCACUCAUUUAAUCUCUUCGAAAUUAGAAACUGCGUUCUGAACUUACAAAAUCAUGUCAGAUGUGACAGGGACACUAAAACAAUUGGACCCCAAAUUGACAGAAUGAACCACAUGUUUAUGCUUCAUAACCGUGACUCUGGAUGGUCAUCGGGUAUGUAGUGGAAAUGUGUACACAAGCACUUAUCUGUCAGCAAGAACUGGUUCCAAAUAUGUUACCUGUCACCACAAAAUGAGCUGAAUGUCAGAAUUUUAAAAAAUUGAGAUAUUGGUUUUUUUUUAAUUCAGCAGAUAAAGAUCCUGUGAAAUAUUUGGAAUUAAAUAGGAGACAGGUUACUCUUUUCAAUUAUGACAAAAUCUCAAAAUUGAACUCCGCUUCAAUGUGACUUUGAACCCUACAAAUAGGAAAGAGUGGGAUGUGACUUGACUCUCAUUUUGUCGUAACAGGUCAUAUUUGGACAUGGCGCCCAUAUGCAACUGAAGAAAUUACUUGGUAACUUUAAAGACGAUAACAAAUGAUUUAAAACAGGGUUCCCACAACCUGGAAAAGUCAUAAAAAAGUCAUGUGGAAAUUCAUUUUCGUUUUCCAGGCCUGAAAAAGUCAUGAAACUUUGUGAAAAUGUCACGGAAAAGUCAUCAAAUUUUUCAAACACUGUGUGUUACUUCUUUUAUCAGAGAUAAGUGCAUAAAAUGUGUGAGUUUAUUUGCAACUUUAAAAGUCCCAAUGGUCCAAGAAAUAUCAUAAUUGGGUCAUGGAUUUUUUUUAAUUUGGUCAAGGAAAAGACAUAGAAUUUAAUUUGAUUGAUUAAAUUGUCCUUUAGGUGCAGGAACCCUCAAAAGGUUUUGUGAGAAAAUUUUGAAUAAAAACAAUGUUACGCAUAAUUUCAAUAAACGUCAUUCUUUGUUCAUAUGCACAGUUAUUGAGCAUUUUGGAAAGCUACAAAAACCGAUAUGAAUUUUUAGUUAGUUUUCUGUGGCUUAAAUUUUGCGGGGAUUUGACCUCCCUGGUACCCUUGCUUCACCUCAGGAGGGGACCCAGUUGCCAUACUAUCUGUAUAAUAGUCGAAGGCUCUGUUGGCCAUCCUUUGAAGUUGCAUGUAGUAUUUUCUUCACUACAGUGUAUAAUAUUUCCCAUUCACUGAAUUGCUUUAGUCUGUAAAGCAGUUUCAUCAAGUUACUGUGUUUGCGAAAACUAAUCAUUUUUUUUUUUUUUUACCUUGCCUGAAUUUUUUUCAAGGGAUAGGGGUUACCACUACUUGAAAGAGUGUGGAAAGGUAUUCAUCACUGCAUGCAAUUUUUUUCAUAAUUGGUUCAUAACUAAGUAAUCCAUUAGCUGAAUACUGUUAGUCACUUUAGCUCGGGGGAGCAGAGUAGCAGGUAUGCAUAUAUUAAAAUUUGACUGAUUUUUACAA